CAGUCUGCCCUCCUGUCCGCACCCCAUCUCUGCCACAUCAUCAUGCCUGCUGACUACAAUGGCACCUGGGUCAUGGAGGUCAAUGACAACUUUGAUGGGUACAUGAAGGCUUUAGACAUGGACUUUGCUACCCGGAAGAUCGCUGCUCAUUUGACCCAGACCAAAGAACUUAUUCAGAAUGGAAAUGAGUUUAAGACAAAGACCCUCAGCACAUUCAGGAAUUAUCUGGUUGACUUCACUGUUGGGGUAGAAUUUGAGGAGAAGACUAAAGGCCUGGAUAAUCGGGUGGUGCAGACCUUGGUGUCCUGGGACGGGGAUAAACUUGUCUGCAUCCAGAAGGGAGAGAAGAAGAACCGUGGCUGGAAAAGUUGGAUUGAGGGAGAUAAACUUUACUUUGAACUAACCUGUGAAGAUCAAGUCUGCCAUCAGGUCUUCAAGAAGAAGAACUAAGAACGUUCAGUUUUAUCUGCAUAGCGCAUGUUUUUUCUUCAUAGUGUAGAAACCUCUGUAAUGCAUAUCUAUGUAAACUUCAUUAAUAAAUAAAACAUUUUUAUGAAAGUCUUAAGUUUUUUGCAUGUGCAUAAAAAUAAUGUUCACCAUGACAUAUACACUUUACUAUUUUAGAUAAUUGAAUCAAUUCUAAACAAACUGAGUCUGUUACGAAUUUCCCCAAAACUUCAGAUUCUAGAGAAUCCGAACAUUUGCGAUUCGUUUUGAAUGAAUCACUCAAAAUGGUGUCUGCCAUUUUAUUGAGCAGAAGAAGAAAGAGGAUCACAUGAGCCCGGGCGGUGCCCUGGCCAGCGUGUCAAGACAAUAGCUAGUUAGUUACAUUUAAUUAAUUGAAGACAGAGACAGGUUUUUUUUUUCUAGGGACAUUACACGGUCAGUGUGUCAUUGAACUCAGUCAGGAUGCCACCCAUUUUAAGUGAGCGCUACACUGCUGC